UAGUGUUAAAAUGGCGGCGCCCAUGGCAGUGGAAGUUUUGCAGUCGAUCAACACGUUUUUGACUUCAGGGAGACACAGGGAAGCUUUAGCAGUCCUGAAAGGCCUCCGUAAUGGAGCUGUGUAUGGCGUUAAAAUCAGAGCUCCACAUGCUCUGGUCAUGACAUUUCUCUUUGGAAGAGGAAGUUGGCGUCAACAAAUCCUAUCAAUCCUUAGAGCGACGUACACACAUUCUAAGAACCUCGCUUCCUUCGUGUUUCUGUAUAAGUCUCUACUGGCCAUUAUGAGAUGGGCUGAGGGCAAAGCACAUAACCUCCACCCAUUGGUCGCAGGUUUCAUUGGAGGAUAUCUUAUAUUUGGCAGCAAUAAUAAUGUCAACAGUCAGAUAAACAUGUACCUUCUGUCUCGGGUGCUCUUCGGCUUCGCUCGUCUCGCAGUCAAAACAGGCGCUAUCAACCCACCAAAGAGAGACCCGUUCCCGGUCUUUGCAGCAGUGGUCUGGGCUGUUGUCAUGUGGCAGUUCUCAAACCACAGGGAGGUCCUCCAACCUUCGCUCCAGAAAUCAAUGACGUAUCUUUACAGGGAUUCUGACAUCUGGCACGGACUUAAAGACUUUCUAUGGCACAAUAAGUUGUAGGAGAUGUUCAAAUUGUUGAAUGUUUUUUUCUAAUUGUAUAGGUGGAAGAACUCGAACAUUGUAUAAGAAUAUGGAUCUAUAGCUUUCCUGGCAAAUUUCAGCAAACAAAUUCAUUAAUUUAAUUAAUACGCGUUUAAAAACGUAUUUUUUUAUAAUCCACUCAAACUAGGGUUUAUUGAAACAAAGGUUUUCCUUUUAUUUCAACGAAAAUACAUUCACUUUCACACCCGACGAAUUCAAAAUCUGCAUUGAACAAUCAAUAGGAUUUAAUAUUGGUGGCUUUAGCAUUCACUGGUCAAAUUUUGAGAUGAAAAUAACUUCUUUCUUUAAAACUACAUUUCUCAAUUAGAGGAUUAAUUGCUUCUUUUCUAGGAUUAUUGUAUAAUAUCAACAGCUCUCCAGUGCUCUUUUUAUUAGGUUUAAAUGGUCAUUCUUUUUUUUUUUG